AUGUCGGAUAGACUUCAAGCUCGCAUGGAAUGCGACGAAUUUUGGGCUCCAAUUCAAGUUCGCAUCGCCAGAAUCGUUCUCACUUUGCGAAAUAUUCAAAUUGAUGAUUACGUGGAGAAUUUGAUAGAUAGCAUUUUCAUAAACAAUUGUGUCGAACAAAUCAACGACGCUAAGGACACCUGCAUGUUCGAAAACCAACACGAUCACGACGCCAUUCUGCAGCUUGUGCAAGUUGUGGAGGAAAGAUUGAAUGCUCUGUUGUGCCGCAUCGAAACUCAGAUCUGA